AUGUCCGGGUUUUGGAAGUUCACAAGCAACUACGCUUCUCGCGUGACUAAGAUCCUAGAACAGCCAGACUUCACGCUCGAGGACCUCUUGGACGAGCAGGAGACCAUUCCGGAGCUUUUGGCCUCAAACGCCAAGCUCGUGGAGUAUCUGCGAGAGCCGGAGGUGAUGGAGAAGCUAGUGGACUAUAUUGUUGACGACGACAAAUACCAGCGAGAAUUGGAAAUGGAAGGCGACACAGAGGCGAAAGAGGAGACAGAUGCUCCCGAGAACGAGACCGAGAGUAAAGAAGAUGAACCAGAGCAGGAAGAAUCAGAGCAUGAGCACGAAAGUGAUUCCGAAAGCGAUUCUGAUUCCGACUCGGUAGAAAAAGACGACGGCAAGGACGACAACCAAUUAGGCGACGAUGAUACCGAAUCCUUUGGUGAAAUUAAUAUGGACGACGAAGAGGAAGAGGAGGAAGAAGAAGAGGAAACGCCCGCCGAGAGACAUUCCAGAAGAGCACAGGUUGCGGCGGAAAUAUUGUCGGUUGACGUCUGGUCAUUGACCGACGCGUUCAUGGAAACUCCCCAUUUAAUAGAGAAGCUCUGGAGUAUUCUGGACAAGCCUGCUCCGCUGCCCAUAUUCCUGGCAACGUAUUUCAUGAAGAUUAACGAGCAUUUGCUGGAUAUGAAAAUGGACGAAAUGAUACAAUUUAUUCUGCAAGACUCCCAUUUGAUAGAAAGAUUCAUGAGACAUAUUGACACACCUCCUUUGAUGGAUUUUCUUCUCAAAGUAAUCUCUACAGACAAGCCAGAUUCAAGCACUGGUGUAAUAGAGGUGAUGAAGGAUCAAGACUUAAUACCCUCCUUGAUCAGAUUCUUAGGACCAGACGUGCCCUCUUCCACUCAGAGUGCUGCUGGUGACUUCCUCAAAGCGUUUAUCACAAUAUCAGCCAAUAAUGCUGAAAACACCACUAUCGGACCCAACGAACUCAGUAGGCAACUUGUGAGCGAACCAAUGGUGAGAGAAUUGGCCAAACAAAUGCUUUGCGGAGGCACUGGAUUAUCUAAUGGGGUGGGUAUCGUCAUUGAGAUUAUUAGGAAGAACAACUCAGACUAUGAUGCCAUACCUGUGGUCUACAUCACUAUCGAGUCUCAUCCGCCGACUCCUAGAGACCCAAUCUACCUUGGCACCUUGGUGAAAGUGUUCGCCGAGUAUAUGGCUCAAUUUACAGAGAUGUUGGAGAGAAAAGUUGACAAAGUUUUGGAGACCCCAUUUGGACAGAUAGAACCGCUUGGAUUUGAGCGUUUCAAGAUUUGCGAAUUGGUCGCAGAAUUGAUUCAUUGUUCCAAUAUGGCUUUGCUUAAUCACGAGAAGGGUGAAGAGAUUGUGCGCGAGCGAGACUUGGCCAGGGAAAUACUCAUCCAGAAGGAGAAAGAACUGAGGAACAGUGAGGACCAAGGAUCCGAUGAUGAAGUGGACAUCUCUAGAGAGGUCCAGAACCUCAAUCUUGGAGUAUCAGAAAAUGACGAUGAGAAGGAUGAGCCACAUGAAACCAAUUACGAUGAAAUGAAUGAAGAAAGUCGCUUUGACGAGAAUGAGGAGACUCUUAAUCCUGACGAUUAUGAUGAAAACGAGCAAUUACUCAGAAACAACCCGGUUGUUGGAGAUCAAUUAAAAAUUGCUCUCUACGAUAAUAAUGUUAUUGUCACGAUAUUGCAAAUGUUUUUCAAAUUCCCUUGGAACAAUUUUCUGCACAAUGUUGUUUUCGACAUCGUGCAGCAAAUACUGAACGCCUCGAUGGACAUUGGAUACAACAAGUAUCUUGCAAUUGACCUCUUUGAUCGAGGAAACAUUACCAAGUUAAUCAUUGAUGGGCAUAAUAAGUGUUUGGACUACGAAGAGCAAACAGAUCUGCGUCUCGGGUACAUGGGGCACCUGACUUUGAUAGCUGAGGAAGUGGUCAAAUUUACCUCUUUACAUUUGCCUAGCGGCAAGGCCUCAGUGAUUGAAGAAAGUGUCAUGAAUCCUGAGUGGACUCAUUAUGUUAAUGAGAUCCUCGUGGAAACAAGAAAUAAAUACAACGCUGUUUUAGGCAAUGAUGAGGAACUGGAUGAAGAAGACUACCCGCAGCACCACCAGUUGCAUCUUGACCCCAGUCAAGACCAUGAUCUGUCGUUGUAUCAACGCGACUACGACAUUGAUGCUGAAGAUUUGGACGAGAAAAACGAGGAACAAGAGCUGGACUCGGAUCAAUUUUCACGAUAUAUCACACAGCAGAUGACCAGUAACGUGCAGGACAAGUUUGGGUCGUCUGACGAGGAUUCCGAAGACGAAGACGGCCAACAAACUGGUUCGGAUUCUGUGUACGACAAAAAUUUGGUGAGUUCCUCCAUUGGAGGCCAUCCUUACCACCAGAUGAGUGCUGAUGAAGGACCCGUGCAGGAUGACGAUGAGUACGAUGAAGACGAUUACGAGGACCCGAACGAUGACGGUCAGUCGUACGUGAAGGAGAACCAUCCAUUAUACCAGGCCGAUGGCUCGCUCAACUACCAGAUCGGGACCCCUGGAGUGAGCGAGCUUGCGAUGUCUGAUUCUGAUUCUGACAACGAGGAUCUUAUUGGCCAAGGUCACGAUAACGAAGUUGAUGACUCUGACUAUGCUGAAACGCACCGCCUUGGGCGUUCCACUAGUAGGUUUGAAUAG